CGUGUCAUGGCGGCCUGCAGUCGCUGCUGCUCUUGCCUCCGGCUCCGGCCGCUGGGCGAUAGUCCCCUCCGCAUGCCCAGGCGGAAUCCGGCGCUCACGUAUUUGCAGAUACGAGCACUAUCGGGUAGCGUGGGGUCCCGAGCUGUGGCUGUGGACCUAGGCAACAGAAAAAUAGAAAUAUCCUCUGGGAAACUGGCCAGAUUUGCAGAUGGCUCUGCUGUAGUACAGUCAGGUGACACUGCAGUGAUGGUCACAGCUGUCAGUAAAACAAAACCUUCACCUUCCCAGUUCAUGCCUUUGGUGGUUGACUACAGACAGAAGGCUGCUGCAGCAGGUAGAAUUCCCACAAACUAUCUUAGAAGAGAGAUUGUUUCUUCUGAUAAAGAAAUUCUUACAAGUCAAAUAAUAGAUCGUUCAAUUAGACCUCUCUUUCCUGCUGGCUACUUUUAUGAUACACAAGUCCUUUGUAAUCUGUUAGCAGUAGAUGGUAUUAAUGAACCUGAUGUCCUAGCAAUUAAUGGUGUUUCUGUAGCCCUCUCAUUAUCAGAUAUUCCUUGGAAUGGACCUGUUGGGGCAGUACGAAUAGGAAUGAUUGAUGGGGAAUGUAUUGUUAAUCCAACAAGAAAAGAAAUGUCUUCAAGUACUUUAAAUUUAAUGGUUGCUGGAGCACCUAAAAGUCAGAUUGUCAUGUUGGAAGCCUCUGCAGAGAACAUUUUACAGCAAGACUUUUGCCAUGCUAUCAAAGUGGGAGUGAAACACACCCAACAAAUAAUUCAGGGCAUCCAGCAGUUGGUGAAAGAAAUUGGUGUUACCAAGAGGACACCUCAGAAGAUAUUUACCCCUUCACAAGAGAUUGUGAAAUAUGUUCAUAAACUUGCCAUGGAGAAACUCUAUGCAGUUUUUACAAAUUAUGAACAUGAUAAAAUUUCCAGAGAUGAAGCUGUUAACAAGAUAAGAUUAGAUACAGAGGAACAACUAAAGGAAACAUUUCCAGAUGUCGAUCCAUAUGAAAUAAUAGAAUCCUUCAAUGUUGUUGCAAAGGAGGUUUUCAGAAGUAUUAUUUUGAAUGAAUACAAAAGGUGUGAUGGACGCGAUUUGACUUCACUUAGGAAUAUAAGUUGUGAGGUAGAUAUGUUUAAAACUCUUCAUGGAUCAGCAUUAUUUCAAAGGGGACAAACACAGGUGCUUUGUACUGUUACGUUUGAUUCAUUAGAAUCUAGUAUUAAAUCAGACCGAACAGCAAUAAAUGGGAUAAAAGACAAAAAUUUCAUGCUACACUAUGAGUUUCCUCCUUAUGCAACUAAUGAAAUUGGAAAAGUCACUGGCAUAAAUAGAAGAGAGCUUGGGCAUGGUGCUCUUGCUGAGAAAGCUUUGUAUCCUGUUAUUCCCAAAGAUUUUCCUUUUACCAUAAGAGUGACAUCUGAAGUCUUAGAGUCAAACGGGUCAUCUUCUAUGGCAUCUGCAUGUGGUGGAAGUUUGGCAUUAAUGGAUGCAGGGGUUCCAAUUUCAUCUGCUGUUGCAGGUGUAGCAAUAGGAUUGGUCACCAAAAGCAAUCCUGAGAAGGGUGAAAUAGAAGAUUAUCGUUUGCUGACAGAUAUUCUGGGAAUUGAAGAUUACAAUGGAGACAUGGAUUUCAAAAUAGCUGGUACUAAUAAGGGAAUAACUGCAUUACAGGCUGAUAUUAAAUUACCUGGAAUACCAAUGAAAAUUGUAAUGGAAGCCAUUCAGCAAGCAUCAGUGGCAAAGAAAGAGAUACUACAGAUUAUGAACAAAACUAUUUCAAAACCUCGAGCAUCUAGAAAAGAAAAUGGACCUGUUGUAGAAACUGUUCAGGUUCCAUUAUCAAAAUGAGCAAGAUUUGUUGGACCAGGUGGAUAUCUUAAAAAACUUCAAGCUGAAACAGGUGUAACUAUUAAUAAGUUGGAUGAAGAAACAUUUUCUGUAUUUGCACCAACACCCAGUGCAAUGCAUGAAGCAAAAGAAUUCAUUAGUGAAAUCUGCAAAGAUGAUCAAGAGCAACAAUUAGAGUUUGGAGCAGUUUAUACUGCCACAAUAACUGAAAUCAGAGACACUGGAGUAAUGGUAAAACUAUAUCCAAAUAUGACUGCUGUGCUUCUUCAUAACACACAACUUGAUCAACGAAAGAUUAAACAUCCCACUGCCCUAGGAUUAGAAGUUGGCCAAGAAAUUCAGGUGAAAUACUUCGGUCGUGAUCCAGCUGAUGGAAGAAUGAGGCUUUCUCGUAAAGUGCUUCAGUCUCCAGCUACAAAUGUUGUCAAAACUCUAAAUGACAGAAGCAGUAUUGUAAUGGGAGAACCUAUUUCACAAACAUCAUCUAAUUCUUCCCAGUGAUUUUUUUUAAAGAAUUCUAGGGUGAUAUUAUAUAUAGCAAAAUUUUAGUAUUCUAAUGUGUAGACUUAUAUAUAGUAUAAAUAUAUUCUAAUCAUUUGUAUUAAAA